UUUUGACGGAUUUUCCUCCCCAUCGUCCUUUACGUCAUUUCGUUCGCCCUAAGCACAUGUCCUUGUAUCUGGCCAUGAAUAAGCGUAGAAUGUCAGAAACCUAUAGUCAAGGUCAGUUAUGUGAUGUGAUGGUCGCACUAGAAAAGUACCACAUGUUUGGCUUUAAUUAUUCGGAUAUCAAAAUACCCGUUUCCGCUGUCUGGGGUGAUAAAGAUGGUCUUAUUCCCCAAAAGGCCAUUGAAAUCCUUGCCAAUAGUUUACAAGAUGUUCGCUUAAAGAUUUUGGAAAGUGAAGGCCAUGAUUUGGUCUGGAAAGAAGGUGUCAUGGAAUGGGCUAUAAGAGGAAUAGCUGAAAAAUACACUAAACCCAUUUAAAAAUCAUAAUUAUACCCCCCUCUCCUCUCCUCUCAACCAAUAAAACAAUUUUUCUUUUGUAUGAGUACUUUUCAUGGUCGAAUUAAAGAAUACCCUACUCUAUCCAUCGAUCAUUUCAUUACAACAGACACACCAAAGCAUUACAUUUUAAGUCAUGUCCAUAAAGACCACACACGAGGCCUUGAAAAUAUCAACUUCAACCAGAGCAUUUACUGCACUGAACAAACAGCUUUGUUACUUCCACUCUUGGAGAACCGAUCUACGAAACAGUUAAUGUACAAGCAUUUAAAACAAUGCUUGAUUCCUAUACCUUAUCAUCAACCCAUGACUAUUACAGCCGACGCCACCAUUAAGUUCACUUUUCUACCAGCGAACCAUUGUCCAGGCGCAGCACUAAUUUUGGUCGAGGGAAAAAACGGAACUGUAUUAUACACUGGUGAUAUGCGUGCUGAACCUGAUUUUGUCAAGGCCGAAUUAGAUUGUCUACAAUCCUACCGUAUUAAAAACUUGUAUAUGGAUACCACCUGCUGUUAUCCCGAUAAAAGGAACUUCAUAUCAAAGACUCAAUCCAUCAAUAUUUUGGUUAAUUUGAUAAAAUCAUAUCCAGUUACGCAUCACAUGUAUCUAGACUGCUGGACAGUUGGAUACGAAGAAAUGUGGAUCUCCAUCACCGAAAACUUUGGACAAAAAAUACAUGUAUCCCAACAACGUUAUAAUAUGUUUUGUCAUGCCAACUCUCUAUUUGACGAUAUACUGACCACAGAUCCAAAAACUCGGUUUCAUUCGUGUCACUGGGAUCAAGAAUGCUACAUACACGAAGAAUAUACGAUCAGUAUACACCCUAAACCCAACAAAAAUACAAAAGCUUUCCCACAUUCACCAUUGAGACGCCUAUUAAACUCGGAUCUUCCAUGGGAUUGUGAGCCCUUACAAAGGAUGAUUUUGCCUUUUUCAACCCACUCUUCGCUAUCUGAAAUUGUCUUUUUUCAUAAGUUCGUAAAGCCUAGUGAAUUCACCCCUUGUGUGGUCCGUGGUGGAUGGAAAUCAUUGGAUCAAAUGAGACUAUUAUUAUCCCAAGAAGGAUGUACCUUGGAUACAUCACCAUCUUUGGAUGUGGAACCCGUGUUGCACGAUCAACAAGGAUCCUGUCAACUGAGAUCCUCCAUGGAUCAGCAUAGUAGUAAUCCAAGUAGCAUUAAUUACCUUUCAUCAUGUAAUUCUUCAUGUACAACCACCCCAUACGCGCCCAUCAUCCUGUCCAUACCUCCAACUCAAGAUCAUGUUCUUGUCACACCAUCCAUUCGCCAGCAACCAUCUCUCUCAGAAUCAGAGCCCGACAACGAGCCCUUUAUCACAAAAGAGAACACAUACAAGUUACUAAAGUCAAUGAAGCGUCUACAAAAAAAACGAAGGUUAGGGUCCAAAAAUAAUCCAAUUCCCCUGUAAGCAUCCGAGACCAAAAAAAAAAAA